GGCAGCAAAAAAUGAAACAAACGUAAGAUCCUCCGUUAGAGUGAGUGGGUGGAGCCAAGUCCAUGAAACAGCCAAUCAGCACAUCGCCCGUAGAAUGCCGUCUUACCACUUUUUUCUGUUUCUCAGUUUUCACUUGCCACUUCCUUAAAACGUGUGUCGGUACACUUCUCUUCUGCGGAAAAGAUCACCGUACAAAAAUCAUACACAUCAAGAGAAGUACACCACAUACUGCAAAUGGUGCUUGUUCAUUACAUCAGCCGGCACGACGUAAGAGGCUGCCCCAUGCAAAAGCAUGGCCCCGACUUGACUCACCUGUCGAGUCCUGCAGGGUUCAGUGUACUACUGGCCGUGAGACCAGUACCAUCAGAGAUUGUAGUUCCGCUGCUGUGGGUCACCAUGGGCAUACGUCUGGCACCAUGAAACAUACGGUUGCUGCGAAGACACUCGGUGCUGCGGCUGUGGCGCUGGUGCUGCUCAAUCUCUUGUACCACCACUACAACGACCUUAUUGGUCACGAUCCCACAGCUCUUGCGGAUAGCCCAUAUCCACGAACGGAAGCUGUAACGUCACCGCAAGAAGACGAAGAGCGCAAGUGUGAACCUAAGAGGAACCUCGUGUACCUCAAGACGCACAAGUGCGCCUCGUCUACUCUACAACGAGUGUUCCUCAGGUACGGGAAAGAGCAUAAACUGAGCUUCGUACUGCCGGCUUCCAGUAACUACUUGGGAUGGAAGCUUCCGUUCCGGCCCCGCAUGAUUCCUCCGGACCUGCGCUCCCCAAAUGGCAAAUACAACAUGUUCCUCCUUCACACACGCUUCAGCGAGGACGCCAUAUCACAGGUAAUGCCAAGGGACUGUGUGUAUGUAACUAUCCUGCGUGAGCCUAUUGACCAGUUCGAGAGCCUUUGGGGAUUUCAAGAACUUGAAAAGUUCUACGACAUGAGCAUCGAUCAGUUUGCCAAGCUGCCAUACGAAAAGGCGGUGCGGUGGCGGAAGGGGGAUCUGUUCGGCAUACACCAGAUGAUGUUUGAUUUGGGCUACGGCGCUGUGGGGGAGGACACUGAGACCGAGUUCCAGCACAGACUCGAUCAAAUAAAUUCAACUUUUGACCUGGUCAUGCUUGCAGAGAGAUUUGAUGAAUCUCUUGUGCUCCUGAAACACCUCAUGUGCUGGACGACAGAUGAUAUUGUGUACCUCAGCAUCAAUGCAAGGAAAGAAAACGAGAAGACGAACAUUACAAACGAAACAAAAAGCCUCCUUUACUCGCUAAACAGGCCUGAUGUUAAACUGUACGAUUUCUUCUCAAAAAUAUUUGACCGGAAGGUUAAGGCCUUUGGUGAAGAGAAAAUGCAAAAGGAGCUACAGGAACUGAGAGAUGUUAUUGAUAAAAUGGAGAAACGAUGUGUGGCCGAUGAAGAAUCAAAGGUCACUGGUGAACUCAAAUGGAGAAAAGAUAUAGUCAGUUUAGCAGUGAAGGAAGAUAAGGUGUGCGUGGACCUUGUUAAAACAGAAAUAAGCUUUGUAGAUGAAGUGCGAGAAAGACAAAGAAUGUGGAUAAAAAAUGGCUGGCCUUUGAAUAAAACUGUAACAUGAU